UAAGUGAAACUUUUUUAAAAAAAUGUAUUUAACAACUAAAAGUUAAAGUUGAGUUAAGCUAAAAUAAAUUGCUCGUUUUUUUCGAGUUUUGGCUAGUUUUUACACCAAAGAAUUUAAAAAUGGACGUCACAUCGAUUCCACUUUUCAUUGAAAUAAAAAAUGAAAAUGACAAUUUUGUAUUUUCCGACAGCUCAUUAUCACAGCAAAUUGAAUUUAUUCUUCAAGAUCCGGCUGCAUCGCCUGAAAAGUCGAUAAAAGAAGAAAUUGAAAGUGACGAAGACUCGAAAAUUGAUGAAGUGAAAGAAUUUAUAAAAUUCAAUAAAAAAGUUGAAGAACCUCCUCCUCCUCCUCCAUCAUCUGCUCCAUCGUCGUCACCUAUGCCAGUGACAAUUACUAUUAAAGAAGAAGUUACUGAAAAACUUGAAUAUGGUUGUGUUGAAUGCUCAGAAAAAUUUGAAUCUAAGGAAAUUUAUGAUAUUCAUAUGUCUGGUCAUGCCAAUAAUAUGAAAUGUGCCAUAUGUAAUAUGGUUUUAAAAAGUUUAAAAAAUUAUGAAAAGCACUGUCUACGAUGUAAGCCCUAUGAGUGUCAAAUUUGUGGUCGAGUUGUACGUUUUCGCCCAAAUUUUAUAAAACAUAUGAGAGUCCAUACAGGACAACAGCAUUCGGAACGUCACAAGUACAAAUGCGAAGUGUGUCAUAAGGAAUUUAUGAGUUUUGAAUAUUUCAAAGUUCAUAAAAAGAUUCACAACGAAAAUGUUAAUUUAACUUGUGAGAUAUGUGGAAAGGUCUUCAGCGCUCUUGCAUCUUUAAGAGGACAUUCAAAACUGCAUUCCGGAGUAAAACUGCACAAGUGUCAUAUAUGUGGGAAAGGCUUUGGUCAAAGAUAUAAUCUUAAAAUUCAUGCUCGUACUCACACAGGCGAAAUACCUUUUGGCUGUAAGUUUUGCAAUAAGCGUUUUCAUACCCAAUCCAGUUUACAAGCUCAUUUACUGACGCAUCAACAACAGCAACAAAAUCAACCACAAACAAACCAUUCUAAUGAGGCAAAUAGUAUUCAAAAUCGCGGUGAAAUACAUGAAUCACCUUCAUCGUCGCUUCCAAAAAAUGUAAAAGCCCAAAUUAGAAUUCAACCGCAGCAAAAUCAACAUCAACAACAGUCACAACAGCAACAAAAAAUACAACAAAAACCACCAAUGACGGCUGAUGCUUCGAUUCAGAUCAAAGAAGAAUCCUUUGAUAGUGACGAAGUAGAAGAAAAUGUCCAAACUUCACAACCUGUUGCCAUUAUCAAAUUCAACAAGAAUGCCAAAAUUAUUAAUCAUGUAAAUCAUGACGAGGAUUCAGAUAUGGAGUCAAGCGCAAAUGUGAUAAAAAAUGACGUACAAAAUGUAAUUAGACCGCAAGCAGCUAUGGUAUCUACAAUAAUUUAUAGUAGCAGCGGUAAUAACAUAGCCGUUGGCAGUGGAGCUAUCGCACGUGCUAUAAGCAUAAACGGUAAUGGACACAUUAUAACCACCAACAACAGUAAUCACAAUAAUAACAACAACAAUAACAACAUCAGCAAUAAGACUUCGAGCGUAAUAACAGCAAUACAACAAUGUUCUUCAUCUUCCGUUGAGUCAUCUAUGGAUUCAUUAUCACCGUCCUCCUCUGGUAUCAUAAGUCAUUCAGGACACCAUCAGCAACAAACAAGGCAGCAACAUCAACAACUACAUCAAAAUCAACAAAAUUGUAUUAAUAUUAUACCAACUGCGACGACCACGAUUAUUAAAAAUGAACCAAAUUUUUAUUCAGCCGAUAAUUCUGUAGAAUUAGUCAUAAAAAAGGAAGCAUUUUUGGAAAGCAAUCAACGUUCGCCACCAACACCUAAAUUUCAUUCGAAUUUCGAUGAUUCGAAUGAUUUAACGACAAGUUUGUCAUAUUCAAAUUUAUUUGAACCAAAUUCCAUACCAGAUAGCAUCCCUGAUGAUAUAUAUCCUGAAGAAGAUGACUUUCAUUUGGAUCAAAAUUCAUUGGGUUUUCAAACAAGUACAGCACCUACAACAGUGUCAGUUGCUGUUGGACCAAAUACAUCAAUAACUACACCAACAAUUGUUGUUGCAACCACCGCUGCAGAAGCUGCUAUAAAUACAGAUGGAAAUUUUAUUAAAAAGGAGUGGGUAUAUAGUAAUUAUACGGUUACCGAAAAAUUUGAAGACGAAGAUGAGGAUUUUGAAGCAGCUAAUUUUAUUUAUGAUUAAAUAAAAAGAUAUUGAGUUUUAACAUAACGUAUUUAUUUAUAUAUAAAUAAUAUAUAUUCAUAUAAAUAUGUAUAGAUAUGCACGUAUAUGUACUAUAUAUAUAUAUAUA